AAAGACAAAAAACUCAAAUAAAUAAAUAAAUCAAGAACUCAUUUUUUCCAAAGAUUCAUCAAUGGAAGUUUUCAAGAGAAAUAUAGGGACUUUCCAAGACGACUUCGAAGGCGACGAUUUUUACGAUGAGCUUAGAAGACAAAUAUUAAUAUUAACAGCAGAAGAUGAAGAAGAUUAUGUUCAACAAUCAAAUGAUCAAAUCAAGAAUUCAAAAAGAGUAGAAAUGAAUUCUUUAGAGUUGCAACAACCUAAAGGAAUUCAAUUUUAUUGGUAUGGAGAUAAAGAGGAUUAUAAUAAAGUUCCAAAAUGGUUAUUAGAUUUGUGGAGAAAAGGCAAUAGAGAUGAAGUGUUAAAUGGGACUGGAGUUUUCAUUCCACAUAUUGUCAAAUCAAGAAGAAGAAAUAAAUCAAGAAGGAAGAAUUCUGAAAGAGUAAAAACAUACAAGCCAGUAGCAUCAGGAAAUUGUUAAAUCAUCCUAAAAUAGUUUUAAUCAUCAAAAAUGAACUCAUUGUAUCAAAUAUAGCUAUACAAAACUCUGAAGUUUUGCUGUAUUAGCCAUGUAAGAGAUUUAUUUAAUUACUUAUGAAUUUAAAAGGCGAAUCUCCAGAAGAUUUAUUGUGGAUUACAUUGGAUAUGUUGUUGUUGUAACCUUCAGAAGAUUUACUAUCGAAAAAGCAGGAAAAAAACAGAGAAAUAUGAGAAGAUUUUUCCAUAAACAAACAUCAAUUGCAACCAACAGCCAGAAGGAUGAUACUUGUACAUACAACAAACGACGAUUUACUAAGGACUAUAUUCGAAUGGGUGACUGACAUACCUAGUACAAGAAAAUAGCUAAAACUAGAUAAUAGUAUACAGAGAUCACUAAUUGUCUCAAGAUAUUUCGAGACAAUGUGGAUCGAGAUAGUACCUAAGUACUAUACGUUGUCAUUGUAUGAUUCUGAAUAGACAGGACUUUUGAAAGUUGUGAACUACUAUAUAGAGAAGGAGGAACCUCGUAGGAAUGAAUAUUCAUGUGCUACGACGUACUAGAGUUGGUCUUUGGGGCGUGCUAACCACAACGAGCUGAGUGCUCGAAGCCUUGACAUGUAAUCACUUAUGACAAGCAGGGCUCGAGCAGCUUGACGUGUAGUCAAUAUUCGAUGCAAUUGUUGCAAAGUUCGUUGUCGCAGAAGAUCAGCCUGGCAAUUAAGACAAGCGUAAAUGUGAAUUCCGUUGCAUAGAAAAAAGUUAAGUGUCGUAAAGAACUUUUAACAGAGGACAGUUAGUUACCUGAUAAAGGAAGUUCUCAAGAGUGGCAAGCUGGCCCAUUGCAAUUGCCAUCUGCCCCAUAUAGUCGGCUACAUUUCCCGAGCCAGUAGGGCCGAGAGACGUAGAUGAAAGUGUAUCGACAAGUAAUUGUUGAAGGGCUUCCAUACCUUGUGACAGGGCGUCCUCGGCUUGCUGAGAAGACUGUUGCAAGUUACAUAUGCCUAUGAGCUGCUGCUCUGUAAACGGUUCAAGAUGGUUGCCAAGAAUCUGUAUUCCAGAUGUCGUAUAUCAGUUUAAGAAAAUAAAUACUAUCAGGAAACGAUAUUCUUGUAGUUUCUUGUCCUUUUUUUUUUUUUUACAUUCUGUUGUUUCUUGUACUUAGCUCAUCCUAUUAUUUUGAUGUAGUUACUGUUCAGCAUGUUUUGUCGUGCUUUCACAUC